CUCUUCUCUUCCUCACUCUUCGAAGAACCAGCUCGAACCUCUCUCUCCCAAAUUCACACUCGAGCUUGGAGCAACGAAUCCUUUACCCCAAAAUGCCCUCUCUGCAAGCCCCUAGUUGCAGAGCUCUCCAUCGUCCUCCAAUGUCCUCCUCAUUCUGGGGCAAAGAUCUGUGCUCCUUCUCAUCACAAAAUAGAGCUCUCAGGCUGCUUGGUGCCAAGAAAGCGAGGUUUCGUUCCGAUGGCGGAAUCGGAACCGUCAGUUUCAAGGUUCUCGCAAUGUCUGGUGGUUCUUCUCCUUCUCCGUUCAAGAUGAAUCUCAAUGAGUACAUGGUCACUCUCGAGAAACCGCUCGGUAUCCGAUUCGCGCUCUCCGUCGACGGCAAGAUCUUCGUUCACGCUCUCAAGAGAGGGAGUAAUGCAGAGAAGUCGAGGAUAAUCAUGGUGGGUGACACUUUGAAGAAGGCUGGCGAUUCGUCUGGCGGUGUGCUUAUUGAGAUCAAGGAUUGUGGUGAUACACAGAAGAUGCUGAAGGAGAAAACAGGAACUUUUAGCCUGGUCCUUGAGAGGCCUUACACUCCAUAUCCAAUUCAUCAACUACAUCUUUCGGGUGAUCUAGAUAUGCUAUUUAAUAGAGGUCGAGUUUCUGUUGCCAGUUGGAACAAGAGUAUAUUGGCAUCGAAUUUGCGAACAUCUUCUGAAAGUAGUGGGAAUUCUGGUUUUGUCAUGUUUUCUUCAAAGUUUCUAACAUCCCAAGGAUGCAACAUUUUGAAUGAUCAAAAUGGACAUAUUCAAUUGCAAACGCAGAAAAGUAUUCAUGCACAACUCAUGAGUGAACUUGUUUGUAUUUUUUCUGAAGAAGAGCCUGGAGAUGGAGAAUGGGCUCAUGGACAAUUCCCACUUGAAGAAUAUGUUAGGGCACUGGAUCGUUCAAAAGGAGAGUUAUACUAUGAUCACUCCCUUGGCAUGCGCUAUAGUAAGAUUACAGAGCAAAUAUAUGUGGGAUCAUGUAUUCAAACAGGAGCUGAUGUGGAGACUCUGUCAAAUGUUGCUGGAGUGACUGCUGUUCUGAAUUUCCAAAGUGGAAUUGAAGCGGAAAAUUGGGGAAUCAAUUCCAAUUCAAUCAAUGAAUCAUGCCAAAGAUUUAAUAUUCUCAUGAUUAACUAUCCUAUAAGGGAAGGAGACUCUUUUGAUAUGAGGAAGAAGUUACCAUUUUGUGUGGGGCUUCUAUUACGCUUGUUAAAAAAGAACCACCGUGUUUUUGUUACUUGUACUACUGGUUUUGAUCGAUCUCCAGCUUCUGUGAUUGCAUACCUGCAUUGGAUGACAGAUACUUCCCUUCAUGCAGCUUACAAUUUUGUCACCGGGUUGCAUUCUUGUAGACCUGACAGACCAGCAAUUGCUUGGGCAACAUGGGAUCUUAUAGCUAUGGUGGAAAAAGGUAUGCAUGAUGGUCCUGCUACCCAUGCUGUGACCUUUGUGUGGAAUGGGCAAGAGGGAGAGGAUGUAAAUUUGGUUGGAGAUUUUACUGGAAAUUGGAAAGAACCAAUUAAAGCAAUCCACAAGGGUGGACCUAGAUUUGAAGCAGAAGUUAGACUCUCACAAGGAAAGUACUACUACAAGUAUAUUAUUAAUGGGCAAUGGAAACAUUCAACAGCUUCACCAGCAGAAAGGGAUGAAAGGGGGAAUCUUAACAAUGUAAUUGUGAUUGGUGAUACUGCGAGCAUCAGACCUACUGUCCAUCAACAAAAGAAGGAUGUGAAUGUAGUGAAGGUGAUUGAGAGGCCUCUGACAGAAAAUGAGCGCUUUAUGCUGGCAAAAGCAGCUCGGUGUGUCGCAUUCUCCGUCUGUCCAAUCAGACUAGCUCCCAAGUAGUUUGAGCAUAUGAUACCCUAACUGGAAUAGCUGUUAAUUACUUGAUAAUGCGGCAUUUUCAACCAGCCCAGGUUGAGGAAUCAAUUAUCAAUUUUUUUU